AUGGAUACUCCUACCUUGGUGUUGAAAAUUGAUGGAAUGAUUGUUUUGAACUCUAAUCCCUCAAAUUCGCUUGAUCUUUACAGUAUAAACUUCUAUGCAGAUAAAUUAAAGAUCACUCAUUCAAAAGGGAAAGUGCAAUAAAUAGAAACAGGAGGUGCUAUUUCUUGCUAAUCUUGCGGGGAAUUUCAUUUGAAUAAUUCCUAAAUUAAAAACUCAAACGCUUAAUAGGGAGGAGGCAUAUUCCUUUCCUAAAAUGAUUUGGAAAAAAUAGAUGGACAAAACUAUAUCAUAUAAAAUACUUAAUUUGAAAAUACUUGGUCAUCUAUGUAUGACGGUGGAGCGAUAAGUAUUCUUAAUAUUAAAAAAUUGACAAUCAUUGAUUCAUCUUUUAAUAACUGCAGUAUUAUACUUUCUGGUUUUAACAGAUUUACAAACAACAAAGCGAGUAUUAGUGGAGGAGCUAUUUAUUGGAAUGAAAAUGAACCUAAUUUUGAUAUGAAAAAGACUUAUUUUUACAAUAACAUUGCUGGUAUAUAUGGAAAUAAUAUUCGUUUUCGGAAUUGGAUUUAAAAAUUAGGAAAAAUAACGGAACAAAGAUUCCUCCAAACAAAAGAAACUUCUAUAUUAAAUCUUGUAUCUGAAGUUGUAACUAGCUCUUAAAAUUCUUCAAACGCGUCAGGGUUUAGAAGUGGGGAUUAGUUAAGCACAAUGUAUUUGGCUUUGAUAGAUAAAUAUGGUUAGAUAGUUACAACUAAUAGUAACUCUAAAAUAACUGUAAGCGUUUGUGCUAUUUCCAAAAAUAACUUAAUAUCGACUAAGUAUCAACCUAUUAUUGAAGGAUAAAUCAUUUUUUACUCAGAAACUGAAGUUUUUACUGUCACUGGACUUUAAUUCACAGGAUAGCCUGGACUUUCAUAUUAAAUAGUAUUUUAUACUGAUGGUAUAGAUAAUAGCAAGCCUGCAAACAGAUAGUAUCUCUAAUAGAGUAAUAAUGAAGAAAAAUAAAGCUUUAACUUGAAUGUUGAAUUAAGAGAAUGCUAAAUAGGAGAAAAAUUUUCAGAUAAAGGAAGCUGCGAAUUAUGUCCGGAGGGCAGCACUUUUUCUUUGGUUAAUAUGACUUCACCUGGAUCCUGUCUGGUAUGUCCAACAAGUAUAGCAUUGUGUUAUGGAGAAUCUUUUAUAGGUCCCAAGCCUGGUUACUGGAGAAUGAAUAAUAAAACUAGUACAUUUAUCGAAUGUCUAAAUCCUCAAGCUUGUCUAGGAAUCAUACCACCUUAUUAUAUAUCGACAGGAUCUUGUGAUCUUGGAUAUUAAGGAGUAGGUAUAUGUGCUGUUAUAAUUGUAGUUUUAAUGAUUAAAUCUACUUUAGAUGGAGCAUUAGUUAAAAGAAAUGUUAUGUCAAUCUUCCAGAAAAUUUUAAUGAAUCAUCUUCAACUUAUAACGAUGACUGCCUCAUUCAAUUUUAACUGGCCAGCAAAGGUAGUUGAAUUUUUUAGUUCGAGUUAAACGGUUGCUUAAGCCUAAACCUAAGUCCUAUCAAUAGAUUGUUUUAUAAAUAAAGGAUUGGGCCAAUCACAAAAAUUUGGUGAAGAAUAAAUAUAGCAAAGUUUAGAAAGCGGUAUUACUUCCAGCUUACUAUAUUUGAAGCUUUUGAUGUUUGCAGUAUUGCCCUUUUUACUUGCAAUAUUAUCUUAUGCUUUUUGGAUGAUUGUUUCAUGCAAGAAACAAUCAAAAAAUAUAUUAAUGACAAAGGCAGUCUCAUCAUUAGUUAUCCUACUAUUCUUAAUUCAUCCAACUUUAGUAUCAUAUUUCUUUAAAGCUUUCGAUUGCAUCAAAGUUGAUGGUGAAAGUAGAAAUAAAGAAGAUUUGUAAAUUAAUUGUAGCACAAAAUAACAUUAAUAUUUCUCGCUAUUGAUUGCAUUGCCAGGACUUAUAGUUUAGGGAAUCGGAAUACCCUUUUUUGCUUUUGUUUUGAUGUUUAGAAAAAGUAAAAAUUUAGAUACUCUAGAGACAAGAGCUCAAUACGGUUUUUUAUUUAGAGGAUAUAAGAAACAAUUUUAUAAUUGGGAGAUUUACUCAAUGGUAUCAUUACCUAGGUAUGAUUAGAAUUUCAGAAGUAUCUAAUAUUUACUAGGCUUUAAUCAUAUUCAUUAUUCUAAUAUGUUUUCUGAUGAUAACUUUGAAAAAGACGCCAUUCUAAACUGUGAUAUUAAACAAUUUAGAGAUUAUAUCAUUAAUAACCUCUACAAUGACAGUGUUUUGUGGAUUAUUCUUUAUCCUAGACAUCACCACCUUUACUGCUUAGGAGAAUGGCAUAUCAUCUUCAUCUAGCACAUUAGGAACAACAUAAUAUUCUUUGCUUAUUGGUCAUUUUAACUUAUUAAAGAGCUUUAUUCUUUGAUUAUUCUCAAAUUUGGAAAGCUCUAUUUGAUAUUAUUUUUAUGCAACAAUAAUUAAAGAUUCGAAAAGGUUAAAAAAUAAAUGGCUAUUAAUGAAGAAAAUGGGAUUCUACGAGAAAAUUUAAUGAGUUACCUAGCUAAUAUUAAGUAAAUGUAUUCGUCAGGUUAGAUUAUUUUAAAUAAAAAUGUGAUCGAAAAACUUUAACUUUACUUAAGCCAAGAAAAAAUUGCAGAAAUGCUCGGAAAAAAGAAUAUUGUUAAUACAAUAGAAGAUGAAAAUGAUGAUAAAUAAAUGAAUGCAUAUCGAGAAAUAAGAAAACUCAAUACUAGAGAACUAAGGUAAUCAAUCCCUACAAUGGAUAUUUGUAGAAGUAUUGAGGAUUUUUAUGAAGAGGAUUGCUUUAAAGAUAAUGAUUAGGGGGAAAAAAGCUAGAGAUUUGAGAAUAUACCAGAUAUAAGGGAAUUCGAAGAUGAAAAUAACUACUUUGAAUUUAAUAAUUAAUAAAAUCAAAGAAAGCAGCAGAUUAUAAAAGACUCAAUGGAUGAAUAUCAGUUUUAUUACAAAACAGAUGACAACUACUAUAAAAAAUAUUUCUUUAAUGAGUCGUUCAAUAAAUAGCAAAAUUUCAAAGAUGAUUAGGAUAUUGUAAAAAGGCUAAGAGGCUUCAGCUUUGAGAAAUAAAAUAAAAAAAUGAGAAUAAAAAUUCCAGGUUACUAUCCUACAUUUUUUUAGGAUUAAUAUUAUUGGUAGGAUGACAGAAAGGAUGUAAUAGACUAGAUCUAGUCUGUGAACCAAAUAAAAUCUUUUGGAGAUUAAACAUUCAAAGAAAAAGAAGAUUAAUCAAACUUAGAUGAUGGUGGAAACUAUAAUGAUAUCAGAAUCCAUGAAGAUCUAGAUUUUAACAAAAAUAGGCUUAUCAAAGAAGAAUUAUUUUAAGUAGUUUAAAAGAAAAAUCUCUUUAAAAAAUUAUCAAAAUUGAGAAAAACCACCAAGCUAUAAUCUAAAAUACUAUAGUAAUCAGCAUCUUCAAGAAAUUAGACUUAAAAGAAUAUACUAGAGGUAAAGAAUACGAAUAAUAGGCUAAGAGGAACUUUAAAGAUAAUUUAAUAGAGAUAAUCUAAUGAUUUAGUAAUUGAUCUAAAAAAUGAAGGUAUUAAUAUGCUAACUCCAGCGAAUCUAUCUAUUAUAAACUAAUCAAGCAAUUAUACACCAAUACACAAUGAUGGAUUUACGAAUCUAGACAUUCUAAAGGAUGGAGAGGAUGAAUAGUUAUUUAUAGACGAAUUAGAGAAAGACUUGGAUGUUAUUAAAAGAAUCCAAAUACCGAAUAAAAAUUCAUAAUGA